CACAUCACACAUCUCAGUACGAGUCUCGGUUCGCCUCAGUGCGUGUUUGUCACGGGUUCGCUCCGGAAACGUUUUCGGUUGCUUACGCACUGCGGCGCAGCAGCACACCGACGUGAACAUGUCGAGAUGGAUUUUAUGAGGCUGUUCGGCACCCUGAUCGCCUUCCUCUUCCACAAUGGGUGCGCUUCUAAAAUCAAUGGCCAAAGGAUUUGCCGGCGAGGAACGGAGCGCCCGUGCUACAAGGUGUCCUACAUUCAGGACAGCAGGCGGAGGCUGACUUUUCAAGAUGCCAGGCACGCCUGCAGGGUGGAUGGAGGAGACCUGCUCAGCAUCGAAACGGAGAGUGAGCAGCGGCUGAUCGAAAGGUUCAUACAGCAGCUCCACGCAGCUGAUGGAGAUUUCUGGAUCGGACUUCGCCGGAGCCCUCAGCGCUUUAGGACUGGGAGUGCCAACCCGGGAUGCCCCUCCCAGUACUUCUGGCUGGACGGGAGCAAAGCCAAGUUCAGGAACUGGCACUGGGAUGAGCCUUCCUGCGGCGGUGAAAUGUGUGUAGUUCUUUACUACCAGCCCUCUGCACCACCUGAUGAAGAAGGACAUUUCCUGUUCCAGUGGAAUGACGACAACUGCAACACCAAGAACAACUAUGUCUGCAAAUAUCCUAAAGAAAAAACACCAGUAUUUACAGAAGCAGGGAACGCCGCACAUGCAGUUCCAACUGUGGUGCCAAACAUAUUCUUUACAACAUCAAGCGGCGAGACGAUUAAAGUGGGAAUGCCUGAGUCAUCAGUGUCUUUCUCUGACAACACCCUGUAUGUUCCCUACAUCCUGUAUGGAACCAUUCCUGCUCUACUGCUGCUGUUGCUUGCAGUUUCUGGCUUCUUUUGCUACAAACAAGCAAAGCGGAGGAAAUCAGAGACCAAAAGCUCCACCGGCCAACCAAAGCCCUGGAUGCCCACAGAAGCGUCAUCUUGCCCCAUUCAAGGACCAUACGCCUUUAGUGACAUCACCAAACUUUCUCACCUUGCUCCAGACAGCACCCUGCCAGCAGACAUCAAAACAAAGCACCCCUAUGCUUCUACCAAGGACCCCCAGUGGAAUGAUUAUGAGAAUGUAUUAUUGGCGGACAGGGAGAGUGGCUUUGUGACUAAUGACAUCUACGAGACCAGCGUAGCUCAGAGUCGACACUGUCGCCCUCAGCCAGGUUGGGUUGAAAAUGAGAUAUAUGGAUAGCAUAGUUCAAUACUAUGUGACCUACCUGGUGCCAACUAAGGAAUAUUACCCGGCCGAACUGAGGGAUGCAGUGUUCUUUAUCCUGAUUACGUCUUAUGUACCACAUGCCUGGUGCAGGAUACCUGAACAUGUGGCUGUGACUGGAAAGUAUACCCACUUUGUGCAUCUACAUCCAGGUCCUACAGUGGAACUAAUAGGACUUUGGACUCACUUUAAUGUCGUACUUAAGAUACAUUAUAUGGGCAUAAGUAUUGGAAUACUCCAAUGGAUCAAAUAAUUAAUCAAUCAGGGAAGGUGCGAGUUCCUUUAGUUCAUCUGGCACUUUUCCGACUUUAGAGGUUGGAUAGAGACAGGACGUCGUCACUCAUUUAAUUACACUAUAUUCCCAAAAGUGUUCGUUCACCUCCCUUGACUCACAUUUGAUCUGAAGUGACAUCCCCUUCAUAAUCAAUCAGAAUCAGAAUAAUAAUCUGGGAGAAUGUUGGUUGUGCAAAUGUUACAGAUACUCCUCAAUCAGUGUGCAAAUGGAGCAGAUGCUACUCUGGCAUGAGUGGCCAGUAUAUGCAAAUAGUGCAGCAUGGCGAGACGACUACAGUGAGUGCACGAGUAAUACAUAAUUGGCCCCACAGAAAUGUGACAACGAACUCAAGUCAAAAAAUUGCCAGCAUGUUGUAAUGGAAUUGUAGGUCAGGUGUUUAAGAAGUUGAUCGCAAGAGGGAAGAAGCUGUUGGAAUGUCUACUAGUUCUAGUUUGCAUUGAUCGGUAGCACCUACCUGAGGGAAGGAGCUGGAAAAGCUGGUGACCGGGGUGCGGAGGGUCCGAGAGGAUUUUGCACGCCCUUGUCUUAGUUCUGGCAGCGUGCAAGUCCUCAAUUGUGGUUUGGGGGGUACCGACAAUCCUUUCAGCAGUUUUGAUUGUCCGUUGCAGUCGGAGUUUGUCCUUUUUUGUAGCAGCACCAAACCAGACUGUGAUGGAAGAACACAGGACUGAUUCGAUGACCGCUGUGUAGAACUCUCUCAGCAGCUCCGGUCGCAGGUCGUGCUUUCUCAGAAGCCACAGGAGGUACAUCCUCUGCUGGGCCUUUUUGAGGACGGAGUUGAUGUUGGUCGGCCACUUCAGGUCCUGAGAGACUGUAAUUCCCAGGAACUUGUAGGUCUCGACGGUUGACACAAGGCAGCUGGACAACGUGAGGGGCAGCUAUGGCGAAGGAUGCCUCCUGAAGUCCACGAUCAUCUCUACAGUCUUGAGCGUGUUCAGCUCCAGGUUGUGUCGGCCGCACCACAGCUCCAGCCGCUCCGCUUCCUGUCGAUACGGAGACUCGUCACCGUCCUUGAUGAGGCCGAUGACAGGGGUGUCAUCUGCAAACUUCAGGAGUUUGACAGUCGGGUUCGCUGAGGUGCAGUCGUUCGUGUAGAGAGAGAAGAGCAGCGGAGAGAGGACACAACCUUGGGGUUUAAUAUGACAUUGGUACACCUUUGACAGCCGUAACAGCUUUAACUCUUCUGAAAAAGGCUUUCCCAAAGGUUCAGGAGUGUGUGUAGGGAAUCUUUGACCAUUCUUCCAGAAGCGCAUUUGUGAGGUCACAGGUCUGCACUCUAAUUCAUCCCAAAGUUGUUUUAUCAGGUCGAGGUCAGGACUUUGUGCAGGCCAGUCAAGUUUAUCCACACCACAAUCUCUUAUACAUGUCUUUAUGGACCUUGCUUUGUGCAUAGGUGCACAGUCAUGUUGGAACAGGAAGGGGCCUUCCCCCAACUGUUCCCAUAAAGUUGUGAGCAAUUAAUUGUCCAAAAGCUCUUGGUAUGCUGAAUCCUUCAGAGUUCCUAUCACUGGAACAAAGGAGCCGAUAUUUUAGACAAUUUCAUGCUCCUAACUUUGUGGGAACCGUUCUCUAAUAUGGCUGUGCACCAAUGCACAAAGCAAGGUCUGUAAAGACAUGGAUGAGCGAGUUUGGUGUGGAUGAACUAACUUUCCUUUCCAUCCAACAUCAAUGCGUGACCUCACAAAUGCGCUUCUGGAAGAAUGGUAACAAAUUCCCAUAAACACACUCCUAAACCUCGUGGACAGCCUUCCCAGAAGAGUUGAAGCUGUUAUAGCUGCAAAGGGUGGACUGACAUCAUAUUGAACCCUAUGGUUUAGGAAUGGGAUGUCACUUAAGUUCAUAUGUGAGUCAAGGCAGGUGAGCGAAUACUUUUGGCAACAUGUUUCUGAUACAGUCUAUUUCAAAUGUUCGAUUUGCUGGAUCUCUGUCUAAUCCAUUCAGGUAGAACCAUGUUGUUCACUUUCGCAAUUUCUGUUGGUGUAACAGCCAAUUCUUUUGUUCCUAUAAUGUUUUAAUUCCAAUUCAUUACAACUAAUGAGGACACACCUUGAAAAUGUAAUGUUUGUAUAAUUUUGUGCAUACCUUUUUGCUAAUAUGUUAACUAGUUCACACAGCUAAAGAUGACAAACGCACUGCUAAAGCUGACAAAAACAAGAUUAACUAUUAUUUUUCUUCUCCACCCCUUUAUUUUGCAAGUCUCUGGCAUUUUGUUGUUGUUGUUAUUGUGUAGGAACACUGAAAUACAAUUAGGUGAUAGCAUACGCUUCAGUCACCUGGGGCCCUCAGAAUUGUGGCCGCACGGACUGACUUAAAAUACAGUGGUGCCUUGACUUAUGAGUUUAAUUUGUUCCAUGACCACACUCAUAACUUAAUAAUUCUUAUCUCAAAUCAACUUUCCCCAUUGAAAUUAAUGGAAAUGUUAAUAAUUUGUUGCAGGUUUCUCCAAAAAUAAAGCAAAAUUGCAAUUUAUUUUAAAAUGUAAAUAUAAAGAUGAGAAUGCAAACAAAUAAAUUGGUUUUAUUUUUUUUAUUUUUGUUCGGUGGUGGUCGAAGGGGCUGUAGGUGUAGAAUGGCAGCCACGCUUCUGUCAGACUGCCCCAGGGAAGCUGUGGUUACACAAGUAGCUUACCACUGCCAGGGUGUGACUGAGGACUGAGUGAAUAAUGCAUGAAAUUGUAAAGCAUCUUUGAGUGGCUAGAAAAGCGCUACUUGACUGUAAUGCAUUGUUGUUAUUUUUAUUAAGUGUAAUGAAACUGAAAGUCACAUACAGUGCACACAAACUAGUACAAACGGGUGUUGUGCCCAGUGACAGCUCGUAUCUAAAAAAAAAAAAAAAAAAAAAAAACUGACAGAAAUCUUUAUCCAUAUAACUAUUUCUUUGUCUUUGGGCUCCCUGCCAGCCAGCCAGGUGCCCCCCAAAUUGUUUAGUUGUACACCCCCCCCCCCCCCCCCAAGUUUGACACCAAUGCGCUUGGAUGUCAGGAUGCAUAGUUUGUGAACCCAAGCAAAUAAGGAAUAUUUGUAAAAAAAAAAAAAAAAAAAACGUUUGUGAAGUGAGGUUCCACUUAAUUUGCAAUUUUUUUUUUCCAUGUCACUGGAUUUGUGGAGUGCUUGGAUCUCAAGUCAUUGCUCAAAAGUCAAGCCCAAAAAAAAUAAUAAUUCAGUUGAGCGAUGGCUCAUAUCUAAAAAAAAAAAAACUCAUGUCAGGGCACUCGUAAAUUAAGUUACCACUGUAUAAUUAAAAAAAUUAAAUAAAAUCCCUUCAAAACUGUCUGCAUGCAUCAACCCUGACCCAAGGAGCAAUAAUGUCUGGAAUGAGUGAGGCAGGUUAUGCAAUAACACAUGUUUUUACUUUAUUCAUUUUGCUUUGAGUGGUUUACAUUGUCCCCUUUUAUCCAUCAUUUCUGUCAAGUUAUGUAACUACAGUUUUGAUUUCAAACGAGGAGUAAUUAUGUUAAAUAUUAUAUAUUAUAUUAAAUAUUCCACCUUGUGAGCUUGCCUGCAAUUGCACUGCAUUAUAUUUGGUUUAGCAUGUUUUCAAGCAAGGUUGUAUUCAUCUAAUAAAACAAUUCUGCAUGACAA